AUGGACGUGGACGGGGAGGACGAGGAGGACUUGUUCGAUGCUAUCCUUCAACCCCCCGACCAGGACGAUCAAGACCUGCUGAGCUUCUUCCUUUCGCCGGAUGGACUCGAGACUACCACGACAACGGCAUCGGACACCACCAACGACAUCAUCUGCUCGCCUCCCCCUGCCGAUGGCGGUGGUGGUGGUGGUGGCAUGACCACCCGGUCGCGCAACAGCAGCGGCGGCGGCGGCGUUGGCGGCGGCGGAGUCAGAAACACGAGUAACAGCGGCAGCAUACCGAGCCUGUCGGAGAACUUCGGGAAUGCUGCUGCUGCUGCGGCUGCGGCUGCUGCGGUUGCUGUGGAGAGAGGGGGAGGAGGAGCUCAUGCCGGCAUGCCCAAGAAGUUGCUAGGCCCGCGGCCCCGCGGCAUAGGAAACGCAUCCGGGGUUGAAGCAAUGGAAGGGGUUGAAGACAAGCCUAGUAGGUUCGAAUCCACCAUCGGGGGGGGCGCGGCCAGCGGCGGGGACGGCGGGGGGGGUUGGAUCGGCGGGGUCAUGCCGCGCCACGGAAGGGCAUCAAGCCUGUCAGGCGUGCCUGGGGGUGGGGUAGAGGGGCUACCGCGGAGCCCCGGCGCUGCCGGUCUUGCUGCUAGCGGUGCUGCUGCGGGCUUUUCUGCUACCCAUCCCCCCGCUGGCGUUACGCCGAUGGGGCGUCGGUUGUCGCCCCCCCACGGGGGUACAACGUUGGGGGACGAGAGGCGGCAGAAGCGGCUGGCAAGGAACCGUGAGAGCGCGAGGCAGUCACGACGCCGCAAGAAGGAGCACCUCGAGCUGCUGGAGGAGAAGAGCCUGGGGGAGCUGGAGAGGCACCUCGCUGCUAUGGACGCCUCGGUGGCCGCUUCCUCCUCUGGCGGUGGUGACGGUGCUAGUAGUGGCGCCCCUCUCCCUUCGUCCUCCCCCCUGCCUGCAGACAUGGAGGACGCACUGGCGAACGGGCUGAGGCACAUGUCCGGCAGGGUCGGGGCGAACUGCGGCGAGCGAAGGGCGGUGGUGAGCCACCAGCUCAGGCUGCUGGAGGGCCUCGCGGCUCCGCCGCACACGCGCGUGCUCAUGUGGCUCGCUGUACAGGAUGAAAGCUUUUUCCGGGCGCGACAGCAGCAGCAGCAGCCACCCAACCUAGCUUCGGCCCGCCCACCAAACAUCGCCACCGACAUCAUCAGCCCCGGAAGCGGCGGUAGCGGCGGUGGCGGCGACGUCCGCAGCGCGGCCACGACAUUGCCGACGAACCAGACGAACCAGGAGGAGUCUCCUGACAACGGCGGAGGCGGCAGCGGUGGCGUGUCUCCGAGCAGUGCUACCUCGAACACCGUAGUGGCUUCGUCCUCGUGGUCGGCGGGAGAAGAGGGGGGCGGCGGCGGUGGCGGCGGUAGCAGCAGUGGCAGCAACAGUAGCAACAGUAACCUUUGGCGACUUCUCUGCCAGGAGCUGGGGCUUACCGAUUCCCAAGAAGGACAGUUUCUCCAGUUCCAGCGAGCAGUUGCGGCAAGCCCCCCUACGCUGGCGGAGAGAGAUCGACUCAGGAGGCUAUCUCGAGUGCUGGCGGGGCUCAGGGCUUCCACUGAGGCUUGCAUGGCGGACGUGCAUGCCAGAGCGGCCACGCUGAUGGAGAUACUCACUCCCUCGCAGACGGUGCGAUAUCUGGGCUGGGUGGCGAGAACAGCGGGGGACCCCGCAGAUUGUCCGACGACGCUUCCUUCCCUGACCAGCCUCUUGGCCGGUGCCGCUGAUACUUGUGCUUCCACCGAUACUCCCUCUACUGCCGCUACCGCCGCCCGACCUGUGCCACGAUCACCACCGGCGACCUUGCGAUCCGGGGGGGGGAAGGGUAUUGACAACAGCGGGGAGAGGGGAGAAGUGUUACGGCUGUGGCGCAAGCGAAACGAAAACUUGACGCUAGAGGAGAUGGAGUGGUUAGUGCUCUGGGUUAGACGUACGCAAAGUACGCGGCGGCAGCGACAGCAACAGUCACGAAGAAGAUAAUGCAGCGGCGGCGUCAGGACUAUUGGAAGCGACAUGAAUAUUGGCCAAUCAGAAAAUUGCGGGCCAUCUUCUCUCUCUCUCUUGAGUAGCACCGGCACGGGCAGUGAUAUGUGCGUGUGAUUUGCAGUUCGUGCAAGCUAUACUGCACUAGGAGGGAGGAUGUAUACCAUGCGGGAUUUUGUCGCUUCCUUGGGAGAAAUAGUAGUAGAGAAGUAGCAAUCCGAAAACAACGUCUGGAAACGUUUUCUGUCCGAUCAGCUUUAGGCUGCGUGAGCCAUGCAAACGCGGAAAAUAAUUUGUCAUCAGGUGGUGUAAAUGUUUUUUGUGGCUGUUGGUGUUGUCGUUGCAAAUUACUACUGUUUGUUUCGUGAGAGACAGCUGUGUUGUUUCGUGACAGCCAACUGCUCGCUGUGUCGUGUGCAAAACCCCGGAGGGGUGGGAGGCGGACAAGGUGUAAAAAAGGUUGCUCAUUGUCGUGUUUGUCGUAUGAUAACCGUUGUUGUUCAGAUGAUAACCGUUGUUGUUCAGAUCGCGUCUCAGCUGUUGUGACGAAACGUCAUCCUAUUCACCGACGAAACGUCAUCCUAUUCACCGACGUUUUUUUUUUUUG